GCGUCAGUCCCGAGCCUAACCCCAGAAUUGCAACUAUAUAAUAUUUAAUAUUUAUUAUCGUUUUCCGCCGACCACUAAGUUCCCUACAUAAAGCCUGCUUUCAUUUCAUAAUCAUCCCCUUCUUACACAAACCAUCGUUUCUUCUUCUAUCCAACUCUGAAAAUUCAUCUAUCACAAUUCAGCUCUUUCCAAUCAUGCAAAUGGCACCCCAAACCAUAUCCAUCGACUUCCACACCACCCGGGUCUUACCCUUACCCGAACCCGAUGUCUUUAUACACACUUCCGAUGGGACACGCAUUCCAGCCCACACAAGCAUUCUGGCUUCAGCGUCUCCGGUUUUGGAGAACAAGAUAGAUCGACCACGCAAGCAUCGGAGCUCCGAAAGAAUCAUCCAAAUCCACGGCGUUCCUUCCGACGCCGUAACCGCCUUCGUCAGCUUCUUGUACUCCUCGAGGUGUGCGGAGGAUGAGAUGGACAGGUACGGGAUGCACCUGCUGGCAUUGUCGCACGUGUACAUGGUGCCGCAGCUGAAGCAGAGGUGCAUCAAGGGUCUGGCACAGCGCUUGACCACGGAGAACGUGGUGGACGUGCUGCAACUGGCGAGGCUCUGCGACGCACCGGAUCUCCACCUCCGCUGCAUGAAGCUCCUCACCAAUCAUUUCGUGACUGUGGAGGAAACCGAAGGGUGGAAGUUCCUCAUCAAGCAUGAUCCAUGGCUCGAGCUCGACAUCCUUCGCUUCAUGGACGAAAACGAAACGAGGAAAGAGAAAUCGAGGAGGCAUAGGGAGGAGCAGGGGCUGUAUGCACAGCUGAGCGAAGCAAUGGAGUGUUUGGAGCACAUAUGUACGGAGGGGUGCAUCGACGUUGGACCGUACGAUGUGGAGGUGAGCGGAGAGAGGAAGCCGUGUAGCAGAUUCUCCACGUGUCAAGGUCUUCAGCUCUUGAUUCGCCACUUUGCCACGUGCAAGAGGAGGAUGAGCGGAGGGUGCUUGCGGUGUAAGCGAAUGUGGCAGCUCUUCCGACUCCAUUCCUACAUUUGUCAACAAUCCGAUUCCUGCAAGGUUCCUCUUUGCAGGCAAAUUCAAUUGAGAAUGCAGCAAGGGAAAAGGAAAGAUGAUGCAAGGUGGAAACUACUAGCGAGGAAGGUGGCCUCAGCCAAAGUCAUGUCUUCCUUGUCUCUGCCAAAGAGGAAACGGGAUGAGGAAAUGAGAGUGACUAUAAACAAUCCUGGGAUAAGAAGUUUUGAAUUACAAUGAAUUUUGUAAUAAUAAUGUAUAGGACGAUUUAUGUCGUGU